UAAAUCCAGACCGAUUUUGAGAAGAUACUUCAAUUUGUCAAGGAUCGUAAGCAAAUCAGGGAAACUGAAUACUUUCUUGACGAAACGUCAACAAAAGAAUUUGACAUACAUAAAAGAUCUUGGCAAUACACUAUUGACGAUUCAGUGGAGAUGGAUUCUUUUUACCCUGGUCCUAGUAAACUAUGCAUCUUUUCUACUAUUUGGAGGACUGUGGUGGAUUUUAGCUAUCAAUAGUGGGGACUUUGAUGAGAAUAACACAACACCGUGCGUAGUGAAUACCAGAUCUUUCACAGGUUAUGUUCUUCUGAGUGUAGAAACGAUCACAACUAUUGGUUAUGGAUAUCGCUAUCCCACAGAAUAUUGUGAAGGAGGAACAAUGUUAUUCAUUUUACAGUCUUUAGUUAGUGUAGCUAUCCAGGGUGCUCUAAUUAGCACAGUGUACAUUAAAAUAUCUAAACCGUUUUCCAGUUCAACUUCGUCAAUAUUCAGUAGAGCUGCUGUGAUAUGCAUGCGAGAUGAUAAACUACGAUUCAUAUUCAGAAUCCAUGAUUUCAACCGAAAAAUAUCGUGUGGGACAAACAUAUCUUUGUAUUUUAUAGAUAAGGAGCAAGUUCCCAAUACCGAGUUUGAAAUGAUCCAAAUGAAAAUUGAACCACAUGGUCUGUGUAUUUUUCCAUUGGAAAUAGAACAUAUCAUAGAUGAAACAAGCCCUUUAUGGACAUUUCGACCUUUAGACUUCCUUCAAUCAAGAUUUGAAAUAAUUGCAGUUGCUGAGGGCAGUUCGUACAUAACAGGACUAGUUUCACAGAAUAGAACAUCCUAUUCGAGUUCAGAUAUACUUUGGGGUCAUCGUUUCAAGCAAUGUGUGGAAUACGAUGAAACAAAAAUGUCUUUUGUAGUUGACUAUGAGAAUUUCAAGAAGACCAUACCAUUCAACACGCCGCUGUGUAGUGCUAAAAAACUAAGAGAUAUUGAAGAACAAAUCAAAAAUAUCAAUGUCAUGUCAAAAAGAUCAAUUUCAAAGAUUAUAAAAAAAUAAAACAGGGUUUUCCUUUGAAGUAAAA